AUGGCUGGCCGACGCAUAGUUGUCCGUGGUGUUCCUUAUCAAAUUGAACAACAAAUUGGUCAUGGUCUUCAUAGUCUUGUUUUUGGUGCUCAUGAUUUGCAUAGUGGUCGACCAGUAGCUAUUAAAAUAGUUAAUCUUAGUCAUGGCUCUACAGACGUUAAAGCUGAUACUAUAUCUCGACGACAAUCGUUUGCAAAAGAAAUUAAAAUGCUUUUAUAUUUACAACCAUUAAAUCCUUAUGUUAUUCGUGUAUUUAAUCAUGAUCGUAAUGAGCGUGAAGGAAUAAUUGUUAUGGAACGUGGUGGCACAUUACGUGAUACUAUUGCUCAAUAUGCAAUGAGUGGGACACCAAUGCCUCCAUCUCUCGUACAUCGAUUUUGGUCACAAAUGGUUGAAGCUAUUUAUUAUUUGCAUCGUAUUGGAUUUGUUCAUGGCGAUUGUAAGCCCGAAAAUUUUAUUCAAGUUGGCCCUGAUGGGACAUCAUUACGAUUAAUUGAUAUGGGGAUUAGUUUUCGUUUACCACCAAAUGUUACUAGUCGUUUAAAAACGGCUGCUGGAACACCAGAUUAUGUAGCUCCAGAAAUGGUUAGUUCUCGUUUGGGGUUUGGUAGACAGUCAAAAUGUGGUUACAAAGCGGAUGUUUGGGCGCUUGGUGUUAUUCUAUUUGAAAUGACCUUUGGUCAUCGACCAUUACAACGCAUGAAUGGUAAUGAUGAAAAAUUGAGAUUUUUAGGUCGAUUACGACGUGAUAUUCCUAUCCCGAAACAUCCUGAUAAAGAUUUACGUGAUGUACUUAGACGUUGUCUACGUACGAAUAAACGUCGACGUGCGAGUGUUGAACAAAUACUUGAACAUCCAUAUUUAGCUGCAGAAUAUUAA